AUGGAACAAAUUCCAAAUAUACUUCUACGUUUUAGGCAACACAAGAUUGGAAUAGCUUCGGACAUACGCAAGGCUUUCCUACAAAUAAGCAUAUCUCCAGAGGACAGAGAUGUAUUACGUUUUCUUUGGUGGAAGGAAACACUACCCGAUCAAAUAGAGAUAUAUAGACAUAGAAGAGUAGUUUUCGGGGUCACCAGCAGUCCUUUCCUGUUAGGAGGGACUGUCGAAUACCAUCUUGGAAGAAUGCUUCAAGAAGCUGGAGCGGAACAAGAUAAGAAGAUUAUCCAACAACUAAUGAAGUCGUUCUACGUCGACAAUUGUGUGACCAGCCUUGAUUCAGAGAUCGAACUAUUUCAUUUUAUCGAUGUGGCAAAACAUGUGAUGGCCAGAGGCAAUUUUGACUUACGAGGUUGGGAAUACAGCGGACAACAAACGACAGAAACCAUGACUUCUGUACUUGGUUUGAGAUGGAACAAGGCGGAAGAUACGUUAGGAUUCACACCAUCCUUGCUUAAGCCGAAUGCGAUGUCGCAAGUCACGAAGAGAGCUAUAUUGUCUGCAGCCCAGCGAACAUUUGAUCCUAUUGGCGUAGCGUCUCCUGUAUUUUUGAAGCCAAAAUUAUUGUUACAGAAACUCUGGACACUAAAACUUGGUUGGGACGAGACAGUACCAGAAGAAAUAAAGGUUGACUUCGAUAAGUGGCAACAACAUCUGUGGUGGUUGGAAAAAACUGCACAUUCCACGGCAAAUGCUAGCCAGGAUGCUUACGCAGCAGUUAUCUUUGCACGAACAGAAGAGUGCGAGGGUACUUACGUGCAACUUAUUGCGGCCAAGGUUAGAGUGGCGCCAGUAGAACGGCCGACGAUCCCUCGUUUGGAGUUACUUGCUGCGACCAUUGGAGCACGUCUGUGGCACGCGGUGAAGAGUGCCUUAGAUCUCAAGGAUGCAGAGACCUUUUUUUGGUCGGAUUCCACAACGGUUCUAGCGUGGAUUCACCGGGACAAGCCUUGGAACACCUUUGUAUAUAAUCGCGUGAGGGAAAUACGUAAGUUUUCAGAUUCGGAUCGAUGGCGUCAAGUACCUGGCACCAUGAAUCCAGCAGAUUUACCGUCACGAGGAUGCACAGCCAAACACCUGGUGGAAUCGCGAUGGUGGGAGGGCCCGGCAUGGCUCAAACUGUCAGAGGAACAUUGGCCUUCGAUCGAAUAUGUCACCAAUGAAGCAGAGAUUGACAACGAGAUGAAGAAGUCGACGCGUUGCAGCAAUAACAGGAUUCUUUCAGUCAACAUUGCAAUAGGCGAGACAAAUAUGCUUGUCAAGGAACAGGAAACAGGCUGGUAUAUGAAGAGACAGUCUAGAUAUCUGAGAAUAGUGAGAACUAUGGCUUGGAUUCUUCGGUUUGCUGAAAAUUGCCGAACUUCUCAAGCUACAAGACUAUCGAGAGAACUGACGGCUAAGGAAUUUGCCACGGCAGAACAUAUGGUCUUGAAACUAAGCCAGCAGGAGUCCUUCGAUGAUGUGGAUGAACCACGGCUAAAUACUCUAGACGUAUAUAAGGAUGACGAGGGAUUACUAAGACUAAAAUCGCCUAUAGUCAAUCGUGAGGAUGAACAUGAUUUUCGAUAUCCCAUUGUAUUAGAUCAGAAACACCCGUUAACUAAGAAGCUGAUCGAAUACAAACAUCAACAGCUCAAUCACGCGGGAAUCCAGAUAGUGAUGAGCAAUCUGCGAGAGAAGUUCUGGAUUCUAUCUUGUAGAAUGACCGUACGAUCUGUCUUAAAUCGUUGCUUCGUGUGUAAACGAUACAAAAUCAAGAAGUUGGAUGCUAUUUCUGGCAGUCUACCAAGGGAACGUGUGAAGGACGCAGGAGUUUUCCAGAUCGUGGGAAUCGACUACGUGGGACCUCUAUUCUUAAAAGAAGCACAGAAGACUUGGAUCUGCUUGUAUACUUGUGCUGUCUAUAGAGCAAUCCAUCUGGAACUCACUACUUCACUUUCGACUGAGGCAUUUCUGCAAGCUCUGCGUAGAUUCAUCGCUCGUAGAGGAAGACCUUCAGUCAUCUACACGGACAACGGAACCAAUUUUGUUGGGGCCCGCAAUUUACUACACAGAAUUGAUUGGGAAAAGGUUCAACGUUACAGCUCGGCCCAACGUAUAGAAUGGCGCCUCAACCCUCCUACAGCUGCCUGGUGGGGAGGAUGGUGGGAGCGUCUAGUGAAAAUAGUCAAGGAUAUACUCAGACGAACCUUGAAGAGAGCCUGCCUGUCGUACGAAGAAAUGAGUACGAUUCUUUGCGAUUGCGAGGCUAUCGUCAACUCACGACCAUUAACGUAUCUCGCGGAGGAUCCGACACAGCCAGUGCCUCUAACUCCGAUGAUGUUCCUACAAGAAGUUACCCAAAAUGAAGUACCGGAUCUUGACAAACUGGAUGUCAAUUUGAACAGACGCAUGCGAUAUCGUCAAAGUUUACGACACGAACUAAGAAAACGCUUUCGUUCGGAAUACCUAGGACAGCUGUCCCGAUUGAAAAACAAAAGUAAUUGUACUGCGGUGAAAUCGGGAGACAUCGUUUUAAUCGGUCAAGAUAAUAUGAAACGAAUGGAUUGGCCAUUAGCUCGAGUGAUUGAAACAUUUCCUGGCAGAGAUGGCAUUGUACGGGUGGUCAAAGUAAAGACGUCCUCGGGCGAACUCGUGCGACCGAUCCAGCGACUGUACCCGCUAGAGGUGUCCUCGACCGUGAUGGAAGUGAAGGAUGGAAGCAGGGACUCGACCGUGAUGGAAAUGAAGGAUGGAAGCAAGGAGUCGACUACGCCAGAUGACGAAAUUCGGACCCGAUAUGGAAGACUUGUGAAAAAACCUGAUAGAUUCACCGUUUGA